AUGAACCUGCGUCUAUUGACUCUUGCCCUCGCCGGCCUGGCGGCCGCAAGUCCAGUUGACCUCCAGGAGCGCCAAUUAUCAUCCGGAAACGAACUGCGCGAUGGCCCCUGCAAACCGAUCACCUUCAUUUUCGCCCGUGCAUCCACGGAGCCAGGUCUCCUCGGAAUAUCCACUGGCCCAGCAGUCUGCAACAACCUCAAAGCCGCCAAACCAGGCCAGGUAGCCUGCCAGGGCGUCAAACCAGCCUACACAGCUGAUCUGGCAUCCAACGCUCUUCCCGAUAACACCUCCCCCGCAGCUAUCAACGAAGCCAUAGGCCUAUUCGAGCAAGCUGCGUCGAAGUGUCCAGACACGAAGAUUGUCGCCGGGGGUUAUAGCCAAGGUACGGCCGUUAUGGACGGUUCCAUCAAGCGGCUUCCUGAGGAGAUCAAGGACAGAAUCAAGGGUGUGGUGCUGUUUGGGUAUACGCGCAACGCGCAGGAGAGGGGGCAGAUUGCGGAUUUUCCCAAGGAGAAGGUCAAGGUGUACUGUGCUGUGGGGGAUCUGGUCUGUGAUGGGACGUUGAUUGUCACGGCGGCGCAUUUCACGUAUGGGGUGGAUACGGGCGAUGCAGCGCAGUUCUUGCUGGGGAAGUUGUCGACAGCUUGA